UCAGUAAGUUAACACUCAUAAUCACUUUUGAUUUCAGACUGCGAUCGUUACUGCAUGGCUAUUCAUUGAUAUUGCAUCAUUCUGAUCACGACAAAAAGACAGCAACUCCUCACAGUCAGUCCAUCAAGUGAUUUUGGAAAGUCAUUUGUAAGUUUUCCAGGAUUUCCAUAAUGGAUGAAUUUAGUGAGGGUCUGAACGCAGAACUGAGCACCACCACAGCGGAUGAGCUGAGACAAUUUCUUGGCGGAAAGACCAAAGAGGCACAGGACAAGGAGCUCGCCAUGAGGGCUACUCUGGAGAACCUUAUACGGUUCCUUGCAGAGAUGGAGCAAUCCAGUAAGGCAGAGGUCGAGGAGUGGCAAAGAGAGAAAGCGAGGAUUGAGGCAGCUAUACAGGCCGACCUCCGCUAUAUGGAGGAGAAUAUUCGCUUGGACCAAAUAUUACUCGCACGUUUAGCGACAACGCUGGCUGAGAAGGCAGAGAUGGAGAGACAGAAACUCUCAAGUCUACCUCUGGCGAAAGAACACCAGAGGAUAGUCUCUCUCCUGGAGAAGAAGUUUGACUAUGAUUAUGAUAAAAUUAUGUUAAACAAUCCAGAGCGUGCUAAAAGAGAGUCAGAGAACUGGACCAGAUGGACCCAAGAGAGAGUGGACAGCACCUUAAAAAUGGCGUUGACUGCUGCUGCCAUCAAACAACAGUGGCUACAGCAGCUGAAAAGCCAGGCUGAAAAACGGAUGGUGUCUGUUCCUCAGGUGUCAGACGGACCUGCUCAAGAGGUCAACGACAUCCAAAUUAAGCUGAGCCUUGAUGAUGGCCUCCAGUCUCUGAGCUUCAGCAGCCAGAAAAGCUGA